GAGUAUCGAAUGUGGAACGUUGUGGAUCUUGAUUACGUAGGCAAAGAAGAAUGGAAUUAUUCUAUCAUCUUCUUUUAUAGAGAAAAAUUACUAAUGGAAGGGAUAGGCGCAUUUUCGUGA